AUGAUGGGAUGCCCAUGGCAUAUUAAUCUCGCUUUUUCUAAAAUGGCUAAUAGUGUUAGAGUUAAUAGUAUAAUCGGGAAAUAUAACCAUGAAAUGAAUCCUUGUAUUGAUGAAAUAGCACCAAGAUUUCGUAAACUAACUAAUGAAAUACUUGAAAAGAUAAAGUUUUGGACAAUUCAUGAGACACGACACGAUGAUCACAGUGGAGAAGUGAACCGUAAUAGCGAAAGUGGUAUAGAAAUACAACAUAAUGACCAAAACAGUAUAGAAAAAAGGCCUGAUAGACAAGGUAAUAACCAGAAUGUAGAAGCAGAAC